AUGGAAGCUAAGCAACGUCUGCGCAGGCCUUGGAGGAACGUAAUUAUCAUCAAACUGCUGGGGAAAAGAACUGGGGUUAAGUAUAUGAAAUCCAAAUUGGAGAGUCUCUGGGCAAAAUCAGGACCCAUUGUGGUAGCUGAUCUAGGAAAUGACUUUUUCUCAGUCAAAUUUUCCAGUGUGGAAGACCUGAACCUGGCGCUGACAGGAGGUCCUUGGGUGCUGAUGGGCCAUUACCUAGCCAUAAGGAAAUGGGAACCGUUUUUCAACCCUCACAAAGCCAACAUUCAUCGGGUUGCUGCUUGGGUACGCCUUCCAGGUAUUCCACAAGAAUUUUGUGUGCCUGCUUUUCUUAAACUCAUAGGAAAUAGAGUUGGUAAAGUUCUGAAAGUAGAUAAAAUAACCUCUACUGGUGAUCGAGGGAAAUUUGCUAGACUUUGCGUAGAGCUCGACCUAUCAAAAUCCUUAAGAGGAGAAUAUAUUUUGGAGGAGGAAAUUUUCAAGGUUGAAUAUGAAGGGCUAUAUUUAAUCUGUCUUCACUGUGGUAAAUACGGCCAUAAUACGGAAAACUAUCCGGAUAGUGUGAGAAGGCCAGAAGAAAAUAACAACCAUGCUCCUAAUGUGGCUGAGACAGCAAAAGCUUCAGCAAGCCAAGGUGUGGGCCCCUGGAUGGUUGUACAAAAAAAGAAUUACUCAAGGAAUCAAGUCCCUAGGAAGACAGAAGAAAAUGGGGAGAGAGUCUUUGGAGCUGAUCUAUCGAAUAAAAAAAAUCAGAUUGGCCAGAUGAAGGAGACUAGGAAGGAUACAGGUUCCCCCAACCUGCAGAGCCCUAAGGCUAAAGCCCCUAUAGGGCUGAAAGAAAUUAAUCUCAAGGAGAAUAAAGGUGGAAAUUCCCCCCUGAAUAACCAUCUAGCAGACACUGCGAAAUCACAUGUGGGAGUUAAUAGAACCACUGGUAAGUCCAGAGUUAAAUCCAAAGCAACAGAUAAGGCCAAAACCUUUGUUUUCAAAGCUGUUACCCAUGUAGCAGAAAAUAGCUCUAGAAUUCCAGAGCUCCCUUCAUCCAAGUCUCCAACUAAUAAGACUGAGUUGGGACAGGAUUCCACCUCCUCUAUUGACUGCCUUAGCUGCAAAAAUAAGGAAAUUUCUCCUAAUGAGGCAGUAAAGGACCUGUGUGUUAAGGUUUCUUCAAACAACAUCGAUGAUAUUGCAGUUAUUCCUUCCCAGUGUGUCUUGCGUGAAUUUAACAACAAGCCUGAUGAUAUGGAGAUUGCCAAUAGUACAUAUGCGAAGCCUGUCAGUGAUGUUGUUCCCCCGGAUAUAAAUGAUCCUGAUGGUAUGGAGAUGGAAAACAUUAUUGUCAAUGAUGUUGCAGAGCAUAUGAUAGAGAGUGACCAGGUACUCUGUAAUCCUGGAACCUCUUUAGUUAUUAAAUGA